CCUCCAACCUCCUCCGCACUCGCAUUGCUCGCUCUCGUGGUUCAUCAUCCCAAUUCCGAUUCGACCUCCCCGAGCAUUCCAGUGUCUCGGUAAUUACUCCCGAUUGAUUCAUCACAUUCCUCUUCCGCUCGCUGGCGGUGAAACAAUGGCCGACAAUAUGUCAGCAUCUCAGUCGCAACUCGCGUCCUCCACAUCGUCCCUUUCGCCCUCGAAACUCUGCUCCAAAACAUACAAGAAAGCCUCCCAGCUCUAUCUAACACGCCGACUACAAGAGUCGCUGACGGCCCUGGAGCCCGUCAUUACUGUCAACCGGCCGGCCGAGGAUCAGCAGUAUUCCAAUGGCGACGACUCCACGGCGCCGAUUGCGACCGCCCCCGCCACGUGGAGGAUCAAAGUGUGGAAUCUAUACAUCACUCUCCUGAGCACCAUACUUGACUUGGGGCCCGAGGAGGGGAAACAAUUAUUCGGUCAGAAAGAAUGGAAGGCGAUUUCGUCCAAGGUACGCGAGGGAGAGAUCUGGGAGACUGUUGUUCAAACCGGCUACAAAGGUCUAGAGGGGUCGGUAGAUGCAGAGGUAGUAUACAAUCUAGCCACAUUAUUAUUAAACCACUCGCCCUCGCAAACGCUGAACCAGCAACGGCUUGAAACCUACCUCUCCUCGUACGGGCAGCCGAACCUAGAUAUCGCAGAGCACAUGCGCAACUCCCCGAAUGGCUCGCAGCAACGACCGCUCCCGAACGGUGGCACCGACACUCCGAAAGAUCUUGCCGCUCGAGUCAGGAUCAUCGAACUGUUUACGCUCCACGUGCUUCCCCGCAACGAGGAAUGGGACUACGCCAGUGAAUUCAUCAACCUGAGCGAGGUCCUCGAUGAAGAGCGCAAAGAACUCUUUCUACAGACCCUCGACGGGCUCAAGGAGGAGCGGGAGCAAGGCGAGCUCCGCGCCGCGGCGCUCCAGCGAGAAAAAGAUGCCGAGAUGGAGCGACAGAUGCGCGAAGCCGAGCGCGAGCGAGCGGAAGAGGCCGCUGCUGCAGAAAGCGCACAGAAGAGCCACGAUCGCAAUCACAGCGAAGUGGACUACGGCAUUGAGAAGCCUAACCCGAACGGCAGUCCCAAGGCACGGGGAAAGCAGAGCAGCAGCAAGGGCAGUGGCUCGUCACGAACGGCCUUCUCGCCGCCUGGCUCGAAGAACGUGAAACGCCCCGAGAAGCCCGAGUCCCGUGCCAAACAAUCACGAGCGCUGACGAAUGUCCUGCGCAACCUUCUGCAAUAUAUCUCCAAGACCGUUGCCGGGAAUCCCCUCUCUUUUGCUCGCACGCUAUUAUUCAUGCUCGGGUUGAUCGUGGCGCUGAGCCGAGAGAACGUACGGGAGCGGAUCCGGAGAAUCACCGGGUCUGGAUGGCAGAAGGUCAAGGGGACUAUCGGCAUGGGCGUGAAAGUGAGCUAUAUUUAACGUGUUUUCUUUUCUUUUUCUCUUUCUUUGAACACUCGGAAAUAGCCCAAGCUAUGAUCCGAAUUUUGGCAUGGUCAUUAUCAUCAUCAUUAUCAUUAUCACCCUUAUAUGUUCUAGACUGGUUUGCAGGUCAACAUGCUACAUAGGAGUAUUCUUUCUCUUUCCCAAUUCUCUGUACAAUGUUCGCAUGUGAAUGAAUCCUUAGAAUAGCAUCCGCAGGACCC